CACGACCCUUCUGCCCACUAGCCAAAGCGGAUGAUGUCUGUGCCUGGGCAGACAAGUUGGCCGCAGUGGAAAAACUGAAUGAAUCUGUGCGACCUCUUGAACAAGUGCAUCUACGAUUGAUCAUCAAGUAACUCUGUAUCAUGGUGUUGGCACGUGACUGGCAGCGCUGGAGACGUCCUUCGUAUGUUGUUGUCGGUGGUGAAGUGAUGCAUGCACCCAUUGUACGUCUUCGUCUGAUGUCCAUGCUUCAGCUCCCCAGUUUCCUCAUAUGACUGCCUGUUUACUGAAAACCCAAAGCAUAGUCUUUGCAAAAUAGUCGCAGAUAACUUUUGUCAGAAACAGGAUCUGUCUGCUGGGUUUCUAGCUGCAUCCACUGCAGACCGGCAGGAGGUCCGUGUAAGACAGUGCCUCAGCCUUGUCACGAGAAGGAAUGAAAUAAAGUCAAUUUUGUCACGUAGGCACUAAACGAACUAGGAUCUAUCGUCGCUUUGUGCCCGCGCUCUUUUUUCUCUCCCCAUCUGCUUCUCUUUCAAUUUCGGGCUUGAUCCACCCAUGGAGGUGAGCGUCGGUGGUUGACAGUUCCUUCACGGCAGGUGUUACCUAAUGAAUGUGGUCUCGCAUCUGGUUGCAUUAUUAUUAACCAACCCAGUUAUCGUGGCUUGAGCACCUUGUUAGCUAACGACCGUCGUGAUUGCUUCUACUCGCGAACCGCUACCUCUAUGUCAGUUGUAAAACUGCGUCUCUUCCGCGAUGUUGAUGCGUUUAAUUGGCCUACAGGGCGCUCCGUCUGCAGGCUCUUUGCCGGCGGUGAAGAGCGAAGUUCUGUCGACUGCCGCACCUGUUGCACCGCUGGUACCAGCUGCGCCUCCUUCCUCGGUGUCUGCGAGCAGCGUGACCUUGUCGCAGGCCAGUGAAUCUCAGGCGACCCAAGCGUCCGCAUGCCCGAAGCAGACGGAGAGCGAUGACGAUUCACCGAUAAAGCCGAGAUCAGCUGCUAAAAGCAAAUUGCUCUCGGACAGCGAUGAUGACGCGCCUGUGAAACCAUCCAGGUCUCCUCUGACGUCUCAGCCCACAGACUCCUCUCAGCGGAGACCUCCGAAUGGCACGUCGUCGGGUCCUCCCAGACAACGUGCCAGGACCGCCACACUUGCAGGCUCAACGGGGCGCGAUGGAGACCUCUCUGACAGUUCAAGUGACAGCGACAGCAGCAGCGACAGCAGCAGCUCUGGCCGGUCUAACAGCUCCUUGUCUUCUUCAGACAGUGGGUCGUCUGACUCUUCCGAUGGACUGUCCUCUGACUCCGGCAACGACUCGGAGGACGACCAACUGAAGAAGCCACGAAAGAAAGGAAGGUGCCCUGCUCCCAAGCGUAAACAGCCUCCCCCUAAGAAACAGAGAGUCCCCCAGCGCCCCAGCUCCGCGGGGGGAAACUCUGCGAGCCGUUCAAAGAGUCGGGACGGGUCGGACGACGAGGAAAAUGGUGCGGACAUUAGCAUGGGAACGUUUGAUCCACGAAAUCGAACGAAUAAAGCAAAGCUGGUUGCCCAACUCCUGUGCAGAUGGUGGUACGUGCUCCCUGACUGGCCUCCUGCUGAUUUUGACUACGUGACGGAGCUUACCAACCGUCGUCUUAAGCUGGUAACCCUGGAAGAGUACGAGGACCUGGAUGACGUCGACGAGCAAGGAUUCACAAAGGUCUAUCAGAUUUCGGCCUUUCCAGGUGUUUUCCGGGACCCGAACGGCAGAGCUAUAGAUUUGCGCCCAGCGGAGGGACGACCGUGCCACAGCAACCUCAUCAAGAAGAGCGAAUAUGAACUCCUUCAGCUCGUUGAGACGGCGAUCAAGAAUCAGCUUGAGAAGCUGAAAGAAUCCGUCUACGAUGAGCGCGCAAAUCGCAAGAAGCUGGAAGCAGAGCUUUCUGACGUUUCGAAGGAGCUGCAGCGCCAUCGGCUGAGAGAAGAGAUGCUGAAAUCCAAAAAGCUCGCUAGUGGCAAAGGCGCGUAGGUGCUGUAUUUCUAAUACAUGGAUAUCAAACAGCGAGGCAUCUACGGCACACAAGGUCCCGUGAGAGACGGUUUUUGGCAGCAGUGGCAACUUGCGGGUGCGCCUGGUGUAGAAUCGCAUAGAGGAGCGUUUUCGGAGCAUCUUUUGUAAUGUGCGUCUUGAUUCACUGAUUCUGUGAAAGCGUUGGUCGCUUGUUGCUUCGAGCUGCUCCCCCUGUUCCAGAAACAUACAAUCACGCUUGUCACGUGUAAGGCUGCGACUUUCCUGUCUGUGUCUACGAAUCUGCGACACUGAAAGAUGCGCAUGAGAGACUGUUACCUCUGUGCCGCGCGGCCAGCUGCUGUUUCAACGCCCUGCCCAGAACCUCAUUUGUGUUUUCGUCAUCACGAGCUUCCAAGAGCGGACCAUUCAGGACUGUAGGAUGGCGUAACACAAACAUUGACAUUAGUGUCAUUUAUCCAGUGUAUCCUCCUUCGUACUUACAGUUUGCACAUAGUCGAGUCGCCGCAUAAAUUUUACCUGUCGUUCGUAAACUCGACAAGCACGAGGUGCUAAUAGGGACACCGUUUGCGACAGGUUUAGGUUGCAUCAUUCCCACGUUCCGAGACCCUGUUAUAUGUCACCAGAAUAAGCUGCACACCAUUUUCUAUUCUUGCAAACGACCAUAUUGUUUGACACGUGUCAAGCGGUUUCACUCAUCGAGAGACGUGGCCGCUGAUGCGUAUCUUCUCAGUUUACGCGCUUAUUCCUCAUGGGCACACUCAUCGUAUCACGGGAAUGUGUCCGCCGGAAGCGCACCUGCGUAUCCUUGUUGACUGCGGUAUUCGAGUCGGCUACUCCCUAUGUCCCAUAUCACCCAGAGAAAUGCACAUUGACAGUCACUUCCUAUGUCGUGCAGCACUGCGAUGUGUGGGUCACCGUGGUACGGCACCUUUCGAGGGUUGUUCGGGUGGUGAGAUUAAGCGCAACAAUUCUUUGUUUAGACGCUGUUGUUAUUGACACUGUCUCGCUAAUUUGACAAGUUGAAUCUCGACGGUUAAAGCGUUAAAGCCUCAAGAUUUCCUGCCAACUCAGGAUAGGCCC